CGGGGGGCGCGGCCCCGGCGCCUCAGACAGCGCGGCCGCCGGGCGGGAGCACCAUGUGCGGCAUCUUUGCUUACCUGAACUACCAUGUUCCCCGGACGAGGCGGGAGAUCCUGGAGACCCUCAUCAAGGGGCUCCAGCGGCUGGAGUACAGGGGCUAUGACUCUGCAGGUGUGGGACUGGAUGGUGGAAACGACAAAGACUGGGAAGCCAAUGCCUGCAAAAUCCAUAUUAUCAAGCAGAAGGGCAAAGUGAAGGCCCUGGAUGAAGAGGUUCACAAGCAACAGGACAUGGACCUGGACAUCGAGUUUGAUGUGCACCUGGGGAUCGCCCACACGCGCUGGGCCACGCACGGGGAGCCCAACCCCAUCAACAGCCACCCCCAGCGCUCCGACAAGAACAACGAGUUCAUUGUCAUCCACAAUGGCAUCAUCACCAACUACAAGGACCUGCGGAAAUUCCUGGAGAGCAAAGGCUACGACUUCGAGUCGGAGACGGACACGGAGAGCAUCGCCAAGCUGGUCAAGUACAUGUACGACAACCGCGACAGCGACGACAUCAGCUUCACCACCCUGGUGGAGAGGGUCAUCCAGCAGCUGGAAGGUGCUUUUGCCCUUGUGUUCAAGAGCGUUCACUAUCCUGGGCAGGCCGUCGGUACCAGGCGAGGCAGCCCCCUGCUCAUCGGCGUGCGCAGCGAGCACAAGCUCUCCACCGACCACAUCCCCAUCCUGUACCGCACCGGGAAGGACAAGAAGGGAAGUUGCAGCCUGUCCCGUGUUGACAGCACCACCUGCCUCUUCCCCGUGGAGGAGAAAGCUGUGGAGUAUUACUUUGCUUCUGAUGCCAGUGCUGUCAUCGAGCACACCAACAGGGUGAUCUUCCUGGAGGACGACGACGUGGCGGCCGUGGUGGACGGGCGUCUGUCCAUCCACCGCAUCAAGCGCACGGCCGGAGACCACCCGGGACGGGCCGUGCAGACCCUGCAGAUGGAGCUGCAGCAGAUCAUGAAGGGCAACUUCAGCUCAUUUAUGCAGAAGGAAAUAUUUGAACAGCCAGAAUCGGUCGUUAAUACGAUGAGAGGAAGGGUCAACUUUGAUGACUACACUGUGAACCUGGGUGGGCUGAAGGAUCACAUCAAGGAGAUCCAGAGGUGUCGGCGUCUGAUCCUCAUCGCGUGUGGCACAAGUUACCACGCGGGCGUGGCGACCCGGCAGGUGCUGGAAGAACUGACUGAACUGCCUGUGAUGGUGGAACUGGCCAGUGACUUCCUGGACAGAAACACCCCCGUGUUCCGAGACGACGUCUGCUUCUUCCUCAGCCAGUCAGGUGAGACAGCAGAUACCCUGAUGUGCCUGCGGUACUGCAAGGAGAGGGGAGCCCUGACCGUGGGCAUCACCAACACCGUGGGCAGCUCCAUCUCGCGCGAGACCGACUGCGGGGUGCACAUCAACGCGGGCCCCGAGAUCGGCGUGGCCAGCACCAAGGCCUACACCAGCCAGUUUGUGUCCCUGGUGAUGUUUGCCCUGAUGAUGUGUGAUGACAGGAUUUCCAUGCAGGAGCGGCGCAAGGAGAUCAUGCGUGGGCUGAAGGGGCUGCCAGACUUAAUUAAAGAAGUGCUGAGCAUGGAUGAUGAGAUCCAGAAGUUGGCCACAGAGCUGUACCAUCAGAAGUCAGUCCUCAUCAUGGGACGUGGCUACCACUAUGCCACAUGUCUGGAGGGAGCUCUGAAAAUUAAAGAAAUCACCUACAUGCACUCAGAGGGGAUCCUGGCAGGGGAGCUGAAGCACGGCCCCCUGGCACUCGUGGACAAGCUCAUGCCCGUCAUCAUGAUCAUCAUGAGAGACCACACCUAUGCCAAGUGCCAGAACGCCCUCCAGCAGGUCAUUGCACGGCAGGGGCGACCUGUGGUGAUUUGUGACAAGGAGGACAUCGAGACCAUUAAAAACAACAAGAGAACCAUCAAGGUUCCCCACUCAGUGGACUGUCUGCAGGGGAUCCUGAGUGUCAUCCCCCUCCAGCUGCUGGCCUUCCACCUCGCCGUGCUCCGGGGAUACGACGUUGAUUUUCCAAGAAAUCUGGCCAAGUCCGUAACUGUAGAGUGAAAGAUCAUCUGAAUCAUAGGGGCAAAGGGGAAUUAAAUGAAAGACUUUUUUUGGUACCAAAAUAACUUGAUUUUAAAGCCCCCUAGGUAAAUCUUAUUUUGGUAAAUCAUUGUUUGUGUAUAAGAUCACCAUAAUUCCAUUACAUUAGUGAUUGUCCAGUUGAUUCCACAUGCUAUGUCAAUAGCUUUGGGUUUUUUUAAACAAUAGCCUUCCAUGAAAGAUGUUAAAUGGUUUUCUUAAAGAUUACUGAGUCUAGUAGGUAAGAGGCCCUCCACUUUACUUUGAGCUGAUGUCAUUGUCUCUGCCCCAGUGUGGCUCAUUCCAGUCAUUGAUGAGAAAGCACUGAAUGAAUUAAUCACCUGUCACGCUCUCAGGCAGUGAAGCAGGACCCCAGAAUAUACAACUGGAACAAGAGCUGGUGCUGGUCAUGCUUGUGCAGAUAUUUUACCAGGGAACCAAACUGUAAACAAGCCUUUGGGGUGAAUUUCUGCCUCAUGUACAGAAGGGAAUCCAACUGCCCUGCCACGACCUCCUCGAUUCUGGGCACGUGGGGACUGUGCCAAGGAAGUAACUUUGCUUCAGCAGGAUUUUAACUAUGCCAAAAACAUAGCAAGUGACAAUCUCGUGUAGCCUCGGUGGCCUGGGCUCUGUGUGACACCAGCACAGAGCUGCUGUGCCCAGUGGGACACUGGAUGUGAGUGGGAGCACUGGGGGGAAGGAGGAGCAGGGCCAGUGCUCACUCUGUGCUGGUGUUUGUGGUGCUGUGGGCUGGGUUUUGUUUUACAAGCGGGAGUUUUCCUGUGCUGAGGGUUUUCCCCUUGCCCUGAGCAGGGGGGGCUGUGGCACAUCUGAAUUCCAGCUUUGUGCUGUGUUUUUGCUGCAGGUCACUCACUGCUCUGGAUGCAUUUCUGUAUUUUUACCUUGUGUCUCUCCAGCAGAGGUGGCACUAAAGCUCUGACUUAGCCAGAGUCCCCUAAUGACACCAAGGGCUCUGGUUUAUUUAGCAGCAGUUUAUAUGUGUCAAAUUCAGCUGGUUUAAAAUUGAAGGGGAUAAAAAGGCUCCGUAGACACGACAGAAAUAAAUACCCUGGUAAUAGUUUUAUAACAAACUUGCAGAGAACCAGAAAUGACAUGGAAAAUAUGCCCUCAGGACUUAAAACCUGACUUGUUCAGAGUCAUCAAAGGGCAGUUAUUAUGUAUUUCCUAAUGCAAAAGGGUGAAUUUCCUACCAUCUUGCUGGGUUUUGAAUUAGCUUUACACAGGCACCCUAAAAGAAAAACCACACUACAAGGCGUAAAGUGAAUAUUGCAGGUGACUCACUGCCCCUGGAAAAGGGCUUUGCCAAGGGCAGUGGCUGGGGACUGUGAGUCCUGGUUCCCCUGGCACAGGGUGACACUGCUGAGCAGUGACCCAGGCUGCUCCAUGACUGCUCAGAUCCAGUGUUCCCAAAGACUCUGUAGCAAUUCUACUUCGGAUGAACCCACAGUGACUAUUUCACUUCAGUUCAGUGUCAGCUCAAGGCUCAGUUUUAUUAUGAGUGUGAAAACUGUGUGCCUGGAAACAACUUUUCAAAACCAAUGUAUGUGUUUAUUAAUCUGUCAUAUUCAGACUAUUAAUUUAUGAACACAUUGUGCUGCCAGUGUCUGUUUAAGAACAAAGUAGUAAAUAUUGCAUUUUAGGUGAGCAGAUGCUGUGUAUGAGGCACUGCCCCAUGACAGCUGAGCCUCUGCCUAGACAUGACCAGUAGCCCUCCCUGCUUCAGCUGGAGAUGAUAAUUGUCCUUGAGGAAAAAACAAGGCAUGUUUAGUGCUGGCUAGUGGAAGACAACUCCUCUUCCUCCUCCUCCCCCCACCCAACUUGCUUAAGAGAAACUGUGCAAACCUGUCCCGUGGGGGGCUGGAUCCAGGCAGGGCUCCCCCUGGAUCCCCCCAGCACGGGGAGGUGCAGUGUCCCACCCUGUGUCCUUGGAUUGGGAUCUCCCGGGAAACAACCCUGCAAGAGAAUGAUUUAAGAUCUCUUCCCCCAUUGCAGCAGGCCUUGCUUUUCCCCUGCCUUGCACAGGACCCACCAGCUUGCCAGGUCUGCCAGCCGAGGGGGGCAGACCCCCCUGUUAGAUACCAGUUGCCGUUCUGUAGAAGUUUGUUAUUGCAGGCUGUUAAAUAUUUAUGAAAGCUGUGUACAAAGAGGACCAAAGAACAGGAGUCUGAGUUAGAAAUGUUAAGUCUGACACUCCCAUGUCAGUGUAACUGUACAGAUAGUGCUGAGCUCUUUGGGUUUGUGCUGUGACAGACAAAUCCUUGUUCCUGAAGGAUUGAACUCCCGAGGGAUCAGGGGGCAGUGGUGAGCACCCACCUCCUGCAGCAAACUGCCUGCAGUGUGUCCAGCUCCUGGCUGCCAAAGCAGAGGGGUAGCAGCUCCUUGCCACCAGGGUUUGGAUGUUGUAGGGCUCGGUGUCCAAGGAUGCUCUGGAGCACACCUGUGUGAAGAAUCUCCCUGCUGAGCGUGCAGGGAACCCGUUCAGCGUCUCGGUGUUGUUGUUGCCAUGAAGUGUGAAGUGAGAAUGUACAAAGGACUCUUUUAGCUUUCCUUACCUCAUUUUGUCCAUGUGUUGCAUUUUGAUGAACAGAUGAUGUUUCUCUUUUCCUUAGAAAACGUUUAGAAUGUCUUGUGAUAUUUAUUAACAGCCAGUCAGUCUUCUGCUCUCCCAAAUGAAUGUUUUGCUUACUGAGCCAGUAAAAUUCUCUCCUUCCUCACUGAGGUGUUGAAAAAAUUCAGUAGCCCUGUCUCUAAAAUUGAGCCACAGGUAAAUACAGAUAAAGGCCUUUCCAUCUGGAAUAGCAGCUCCUAUUCCAUUCCUUUGGUCACAGUUUAUUUUGAUGUGAGUUUUCCUCCCCUCAAAGGGGAGCACAUGCCUAUGGGUCUUAGGGGGUUUUAAUUACCAAAGAGCAGAGAACUUCCAGCUCAGCACAUGUUGUUUCUGCCCAAUGGCUCCCAGACAGAUUCCAUGCUGACAGGAAGAUUCCACACACACAUGGAAAUUAAGCUGCAUGUGGAAUAUAUGGAAUAUAUGUCAGCAAGGUUUUCCCUCCUGGCUCUGCUGCAGAAGGGAGGGAACAGCUCUUUCCCAGGUUUGUCAGAGGAGUCAGCACUGUUGUACAAAGCAGUGUCUGGGUGCCCUGUCCUUGUGAGGGGCAUCACUGACAGGGCAGAUCCAUCUCCUCUUGGAGGUGGGGGCACCCUCUGUCCAAAAUCCUGCCUGGACACCUUUACUGGGUCAGGCUCAACCCCCUGCACUGAGGGAGCCAAAAGCUUCACACAGACCCUUUCCCAGCCCAGUGGGACAGAGCUCACAGACCUGACAUGUAAUCCUCAGUUCAGAGCCUUAAGCUGAGCCCAGACACACAGGUUUGGAUGAGCUGCAGUGUGAAACAUCUAAAGGUAGAAGUAAAACCAACCCAAGUGCAGAAUUGGGCUUUUCCCCUCUCUGGCUGUCCCUGGCAGUCCCUGAUGCCAUGAGGAGGUGCCUGGUGGGCCGAGCUGGAUGGAGGCAGGGACUGAAGUUCAGGGCUUGAGUAGCACGUCAGUGUUUAGCUGUGGCUAAUUUUAGAUCCUACCUGAAUGUACCAAACUUGCCUCAAAGCAUGGAGUCCCUCCUCUUCGUCAGGAACAGGAAGAAGAAGAAACAAAGAAGUGUUUGGGUUGCAUAAAAGGAAAGAAAACUCUUUGCCUUCAAUUCAGUUUCUGUAAAUAGCCAUAGGAGUGGCAAAGCCCACGUUUCCUCCCUUGUAGAUCUCUCUGCCUCUGCUGUACAUUUCCAGCUGGCUUUGGGUUGUGGGGACCAGACUGUACCGUGUUUCCUGUCAUGUGCUCGAUGCAGAAGAUGUCUUACUUUUGUCUGUAGUGUUUUAUAAUUUGGGUUUUGUCUUUUUGCUUACUUUUUUUGUAUCUCACCCUUUGAAUAAAAUCAAGUGCCCUACAUUAAACAAA